ACCCCAGGAGGCAUAGCUUUUUUGUUUUUUGACGAAAAAUUAAAGGAAAAACUUCAUAUUUAAGCUGGCACACUCACAACGUGUAAGUAAGAUGGCAAGUUUUUCGCCAAACCAACUGCGGCAGUGCGCCCGCUUUACCGGCACUGCCUGCACGCCGGAGAAGGAGCAGCAGCUACGCGACCAAAUCCACAGCGAGCUGGCCAAGAUCAAGUACUGCGCCAAUCCAACUUACGAGUGCAGCCUGAUGAGGGUCGAGGGCCAUGAGUACUGCAUCCGGCACAUUCUGCGCGAUCCACGCUCCAACUACCGCCAGUGUACGCAUGUCUAUGCGAAUGGUCGGAAGUGCAUCAAUGCGGUGCCUAAGUUCGACAACAAGAAGGAACUGAUACUGACGACGCUGUGCUUCGAACACAACCGCCAGACGCAGUUGCAGAAGACGCACUUGGCCGUUGGACGCGUACGCAAGCUGGUGGAAACGAACGAGACGCUGCUCAACAGCCUGUCGUCGCACAUCAAUGUGGAGGGCAUAAAGCCAGAGCCGCUCAAACAAGAGCCGGAUGAUGAUGAAAUAGAUGUGGUGUCACCACACGUUACCCCCUUUGAUUUCCAAGAUCAUCGCAACAGCAUUGGUGACAUUGUGGAAUCAGCGCGCAAGCGUCGUCGCAUCCUAGACUAUGCUUCAGAUAGCUCUAGCAACGAUGAAGAUCCGCCCUGCGUUAGGAACACCGCUCAGGAUAUUGAGUUCAAUGAAUCAGACUACGACAGCAUCGAUUCAGAAGAUGAUGAUCCACUAAAACAUGCUGGCGUAUAUACGCGUGCCGAGGCAGUCCGUGUGGCAGAGACAAAGUUGAUAAAGCUGCAGGGCCUUUACCGUGAGCAGGUCUCCCACCUGCAGCAUGUCCUGAAGCAGCGACGCCGCAAGUACUUGCACGACAUUCGCCGCGAGCGUGAGAUUUAUUGCAGCAUACACGAUCAGCUGAAGGACACGCCGCACGAGCGCAAACUGUACGACCAGCUCAAGGCUCUGAACACAUACCAUCGUCGUCAGGGCAUGGAAGCGGUGCUCUACAAGAAACUGAAGGAGAAGCGAGCCAGGGACACCCUGUACGCUUCCAAAUCGUCGAGCAAUCCCAAAUGCGUUUUUACCGAGGGCGGCGUCAAGUGCGGGGAACGAACGCUGCCAUGCUGCAAGCACUGCCGCAAGCACAUACUGGAGGAUAAGCGUCAGGUCCUCUUCCGGGCUUGUGGCGUGGAGCGCAGCGGUGUUGUCUGCCAGGAGCCGGUGACCAGUAUUCUCGAAGAUUCCAAUUGUGUGCUACACCUGACCGUGGCGCCGGCCAAGCGCCAGUAUAUCCAAAAGUUUUAUGAACUACCAAGCACACCACCACAAGAAAGUAUCUUUGCUGCUGGUCGCGGUGGUGAUAAUUUAGUUGGAGAAGAGGCGCCAAACAGCAUUGAGCAGCCACCUGAAGGCGGUAGUGACGACUUGGACUUGGACUUUGCCAAUGGCAUCUUCGACUUUGAUCUCGACACGGCCGGAGAUCUGGCGAAUUCCCUUGACGAUGACAUUUUUCUCGAUUUGGAUGCUGAUCUCGGCUUGGCUUUCGACGAUCAAAGUUUGGCCGACUUGGGCUCUGACCAGGAGGGCGAUGAUGAAGCCAGUCCCGAGGCAGUCAGUCCCACUGAAACUAUCGAUCAAGACAACUUUAAUGCAACCCUAGACCUAGACCAAAUAGCUUUUGAAGAAAAUCCCGAACUAAACUAUCAAGUGAUAGACGAAACCGAUACCAAUGUAACAGAAGUUUUGCGAAUGCUCGAUGGCAUUCAGCACAUGCCUUGGUUCGAUGCAUUAAUGAACCAGUAACAAGCUAACAUAAAAUGCGAGUCCGAGACCGAAGAGGACGAAACUACCACCUCGUCUGCCAGUAUGAGUGUCCCCAUAAAAU